AUGUCCCUGUUCUCAACAACCCGUUUUACCUCACCUCAAAAGACUCCAUCUUUUAUCAAUUUUAGCACAUUGAAGCUUUCAACACCCAGGUCAAGCAAGGAUGUUUCUGCUGUAGUGUCUGAAGAAACUGUAGUGAAGUCAGGUGAUUCUGUAACUGAUACGUUUAAACUUACUUAUUUGGAGGGGAACAGUUGGCUGUGGGAAGUGGGUGGGGUGAAAAUUUUGGUCGAUCCAAUCUUGGUGGGAAACUUGGAUUUUGGAAUUCCUUGGCUUUAUGAUGCUGCCAAGAAGUUUAUGAAGAAUUUCCGGCUUGAUGAUCUUCCUGAAAUUGAUUGCUUACUGAUUACACAAAGCCUUGACGAUCAUUGUCAUUUGAAGACAUUAAAGCCCCUAUCUCAGAAGUUACCAAAUCUUCGGGUUAUAGCAACUCCAAAUGCUAAGGCACUUUUGGAUCCUCUUUUCAGAAAGGUCACAUAUUUAGAACCCGGUCAAGGCUCAGAGAUUCAAGUCAGCAAUGGAUCUUCAGUCAUAAUUCGGGCAACUGCAGGACCAGUUCUAGGUCCUCCUUGGCAGCGUCCAGAGAAUGGCUAUCUUGUCACCUCUCCACAAGGCCAACUGACACUAUACUAUGAACCCCACUGUGUAUACAAUGAGAAUUUUGUAGAGAAAGAACGGGCUGACAUUGUCAUCACACCUGUUAUAAAGCAGCUCUUGCCAAAUUUCACUUUAGUUUCUGGACAAGAGGAUGCAGUUCAGCUUGCAAAGUUGCUUCAAGCCAAGUUCAUUGUACCCAUGAAAAAUGGCGACCUUGAUAGCAGAGGGCUUCUUUCUGCUCUUAUUCAGUCUGAAGGAACAAUAGAAUCAUUCAAGGAAAUUUUGUCGAAAGAACUACCAGAUGCAAAAGUGCUAGAGCCGACUCCGGGGGUACCAUUGGAUAUUUCAUUAACUAUGGAUUCAUAG